CAUUCACUACAUCAGUAUUCAAUAUUCAGUAUAUUACCAUGAAAAAAAUCCAAGUAUUUUUCAUAACAUUUUUAUUUUUAACUUCAAAAUUAUCAGCUUUAUUGGAUCAGUAUGAUUUCUUUUUUGAAAAAAUUUAUGAGGAAUUUACACCUCCGAAAAUUGAGUAUUUGAACGACAUGGAAUUUUGUCCAUCAAUUCUGGAACCAACCGCAGAUACCUUGGCGAAAUCUGUAGAAGCAUCAUUUAGAAAUGCAGAGCAAAAUACCAAUGCAACGGAACAAGAGAUUUUGGAUUCAUGUUGUCGAACACUUUAUAUGUGUGGUGCACAAAAAAAAAUUGAUUUAAAUGGCACGAAAAAUUCAAAUACCCGCAACUGUGAAUGUGAAAAUGGCUUUCGUGAAUGUUUAGAAAAUAUAAAUGGUAAAACAUCAAGUAGAUUUGCAUUCGCCUAUUCCAUUCAGAGAUCUGCGUGUCUUGCGGAGAGUUAUCCAAUUGUAAAAUGUGUAAAAUUUCAGAUUUUUUUUGCACCAACAGCAAUAUUUUAUCGAUCACCAAAUGCAAUUGAACAAAAAAGCGAUUACAUUCGAUGCUUGGAAUACGAAUUUGAUAAGAACAAACCGAAAAUUUAUCAAACGUUCGAUUUAACAUUCAUCUAUAAAAUUGGCAAAUACGAUUUUAUUAAAGAUGCCGAAGAAGCAACAACUAAUUAUUUUAUUGAACAUCCCAUCCUUUCCAAAUGUAUCAAAAAUUCAACAGAGACAUGUCAUCAAGAACAUGCCGCAAGACAGACCAUAAUACAGGGCUUUUCACAUUUAUUUUCAUUAAUAUAUAGCGCUAAUACAAAAUGAAGGUUGUGCGUUUCUCCAGAUAAUUAAUUCGUUUUUCAAAAAUCAAAUGAUUGAACAAAAGAUGUUAACAUUUAGAACAUAUCAUUGUAUAACAUUUUUUAAAUAAAUAUUCAGUAUUGACAGCAAAAAGUCA